UGUGAAUUCACAGUGGUGCUUACAUGUUUCCGAAAAUCUAGCACCAGCAAUAUUGUUCUCCCAGAAACCUCGGACAGACAGAGCAAACUGCAGUGGACAGUUGUUUGCUACAAUGGCAGCCAUAUCAGAGGUGUGGAUCCUGGCAUUGUCCCUACUGCAGCUGGCCCACUGUGCUGUCACCUCCAGGCGGGCUCCAGGAGAGCCUGUGUUGUUGGAUGAGCAGUCAGCGAACUCCUACCUGUCGCGCACACUGCUUUAUAACAGCUGGGACUUUGAGCUGUUGGUGUCUGACAAUUUGGAGAGGGAGUGUCAUGAGGAGCUGUGCAGCCAUGAGGAGGCCAGAGAGGUGUUUGAGGACGAUGCCAAAACGGAAAUAUUUUGGACCUCCUAUGUCAACAGUCAAGCGCAUACUCCCAGAGUGGAUGUGUCGGGGCUGGUGGCAGGUAUCCUGGCUGUCCUAGUGGUUGCUGUUAUUACCACUGUCCUGGGAAUCUACUUCUACAAAGCUAAGAAGAAGGAUAGGAUGAGGUCAGCCCACGCUCCAGUGAGGAUGGCAGCAGAUGGCCGUCCAGCCCCAGAGAUGGUGCCCCUUGCUGGGAUCACUGCUCCGGGUCUACCCAGCUACAAUGAGGCUCUGAACCGCAGUGGGCAGCAUGAUGCCCCACCACCACCUUAUUCAGGGGGUGCGCCGUCAGAGCCCGCUGAUCCUGGAGACAACGAAUAGGAGGGUUGACAAAGCUUCUUCAAAUGCCUAGUGGGAAAGAUUUGAGUCUACCUUUUGAAUGUGUGUGUGUGUGUGUGCACACAUUGUGCUUAUGAGUGAAGUUGGGUCACAGUAAGCAUAGAAUAAACUCUUCUGAAAAGGUAGAAUGAGAUGUGGAGAGGGUGAGGAACAGGUCUUGCGGGUUUCACCUCACGACUGUAUUUCAUUUGUAGGGUAGUUUUGAGUUGAGGGAAAUAUGGACAAUUCAUUCCUAGAGAAAAAUGGUUUAAUGCAAUAAAUUGCAUUACAAUUACAUAAAGCUCCAAUUAUUUUAUUCAACUAUUGCAACUUGACAGACCAGUAUAGACAAGUGCAUGUGUGUAUAAUUUAAGUCAGGAGAAUGUCUCCACGUCACAUAUUGGAACCUGUGUUUGUUGUAAUCACAGCAGUUUACUUGUAUUUCAGAGGGGUUACAGAGACUACUCCACACUGUGUGUGUGUGUGUGUGUGUGUGUGUGUGUGUGUGUGUGUGUUUGUUACCUCUUUAUGACGUUUUCUAGCAUAAACAAUGACAUUUGUAACUGAUGAUGUCAUCACAAUCACCACCUUUAUAUGCAAAGUAGGCUCUAAAAUAAAAAUAAAUAAAAUGCUCUAAUUUUAUACACAUGCCAAUUGGCACUGCAGAUGAAUAGGAUUUUAAAAAAUGAACUAAGACAUUUCUCCACAGAACUUAACCAGUUAAUGACAUACAUCAAUAAAUAUGUUUAAAUGUGCAGAUUAGCUUGCUUGAUGAAUGUAGGAGAAAUCUACGGAUCCAAACUGAUGGCAGUAGAACAAACACCAUGUAAAUGUGUAGUUUUGGAAGUUUUCUUUCCAUUAGAGUAAAGGAAGACGAAGAACACAAAUAGACCAAAAUCUCAAAAUUGACCAGUAUGAAAGAAACAUUUUUUUGCCUCUAGUGUCCUGCCUUAAACAGUAUCUGUAUCAUUUUGUUUGUAGGCUCCUCAUCUAAUAUUCAUUCCACUUGUUGUUUGCUGAUGGAUAUUUAUCAAUACACGAAACAGUCAACACUCCCUCAAAUGUGAAAGGAGGGAUCUGUUAGAACACUGAAACUAGGUCCUUAUCAACAUCUGUUCAUGUGUGUGUGUUAUUCUAAAUAUAUACUAGAAAUAAAAAAUUACAGUUAAACAACUAUUCCUAUAGUCUCUUAACCCCAAACUCUCUUCGCUCCCAUCUUUCCACCGACCCCUCCUCUCCCCUGUUUUUUGCUGCACAGUCACCAAAGUGCUACCUUGUGGCUCAGGGGUUAGAGUGUAUCCUUU